CACUGAAACAAUGGGGCUGAAACAGUUAUAGUCGGGAGAUCGAGAUAAGCGGCAGUUCACGCUGCCCGAAAAUUGUAUAAUAACGCAUGUUACUUUAGCACUUGACGUGUGUUACCGUUAAUUUAAAAGCGAUUGUUGUCGUGGGAUCGCAUCUAUCUAGCUGGAGGUGGGUCCAGCGCGGACAAUGAGUGCACGCGAAGCGAAGCGCGACGGGCGGCCAGCGUAGGCAAUGCGCGAGCGUCCGUUUUUAAAAACCACUCCAGAGCACGCAUUAGUCGGUGCACCGUAACUGCUGCGGUCGACAGGAACGCAGCCGUGCUAUACGGGAUAUUAGAAAGUGAUGUAGAUAGAGUGUAGUGCGAUGCUGUCGGUGGGCAAGCCGGCAUCACUGGUGCAACAGAAGAAGCAGCAGUGGGCGCGGGAGAGAGAGGAGAUGUCAAAUCUUUACUUGCCCUGGGGCACCGGAGAGCGAUAUGCUAAUCGGUUGCAAGUGCGCAAUCAAUUCGCGAGCACAUUGGAGCUGCACAAGCAGUCUUCAUACGAAUACCAGGAGCCAAUCCAACGACAGAGAAGUCCCAGCCUGCCGCCUAUCCACCAUACGGAAACAGAGAGAACCGCCAAGAAAGAAGAGAGGAGGAAUAACAUUAUCAACAGGAAUAUUUCACCGACGAAACGGUUUGCGUUUUACGACGAAGAUGCGGAAGGCGACACGUCGGGCUACGGCAGCGAGACCAUCAACCACAUGAAUAGAGGUCACAAUACGAUGGUCGCGGGCGAUCACAAUCCUGUAGUCGCGUGGCAACAAACCGGAAAGGAUAACAGAAAUCUCGAAGCCACUAGCCGUUCGGGCACGGCGGAUGGCGCAUGGUCAGCUCGCAGCCCUCGAGGGUCCACGGCCGAGGAGGGCCGCCCGCGCUGGGGAGACCGGGGCGUCGCCACCGGCCGGCUGUGGGAGCCCACCGCGCCCAACGCAAGGCUACCACAGAUGCAGGCUCAGAAAAAAGGUACGCCGUCGUGGGUGGAGCGGGGCCUGAACAUGAUAGAAAACACCGCGGAAGUACUAGUCAUUGACCAAACGAGUUCCACAAAUUCUGGUUUCGAUUGCGAUAGGUCUUCGUGUAAUGGUAGUGAUGAGGGAAGAACAUUUUUAAGAGGACAAAAUGUUCCCUUAGAACCUGAAAUUAAGGCUCAACGUGAAAAUAAAAGAAUAAAAGCUCUAGAAUUGCAAUCGGCCAUAUUAAGUCAACUUGAAGAUCGUGAAAAACGACGUCAAGAAGAAAGAGAAAAUAGACUAAGAGAAGAAAGAUUAGAAGAACUAAGAAUUCAGCGACAACAAGAAGAAGAUAGAUUACGACUAGAAGAUGAGAAACGCAGAAACGAGGAAAAACAAUUAUUAGAACAAAGAAAGUUAGAAGCUCUUAAAAAGGCAUUAGAAGAUGCUGAAAAGAAGGCAAGGCUAGAAAAAGAAAAAAGAUUUAAUUCAUAUAGACAAAACUUGACUUCGAGUGUUAAUAACAAUGUAGGUACUGAUAAUAAAUUAAGUGAAGAACUCAAUGCAAAUAAUAUUUCUAACCACGAAAACGAAACAAUGAGUCCUACCAAAACUCAUAGAACAUAUGAUGUACACUCAGCAAAGAGUCAAAAGAAAGAUUGUGAUUCACAUCAAACAACCGAAUUCAAUUCUCCAAGAUCCGUGGGACCUGGAAAUGUAAAUUUGUUUAUUCAUAGUGUACCACCAUUAGCUCUAAGUGAUAAUCAAUUUAGUAUUGUACCAAUAGGUAUUAAUGGAAAUGGCGAAAUAAUCAGCGGUCAACCUAGUAGUAUACAAUUAGCUGUUUUAGUUCCUCAAAAUCUUACAAAUAACGUAUAUGGCGUAUCGCUAAAUUCUAUUAAUAAUGUUAGUGAAUUUUCUGACCCUAGAAAAAUCUUAACACCCAGAAAAUAUCGUGCUGGGAAAACAAAAGAUGCCUCAACUCAAACUGAAUCAAAUCCAUGUAACUUUACCAUUGACAAAAUAGUAGCGACGGAAGACCUUGAAAGAAAUAUAGACAAAGACUAUUCUAACAUCGAUGAGAAUGCACCACAAGAAAAUCAUCACAAUAUUAUGAAAAAGGAUCGACGGUUUCGGUCUGAAGAAAGGUAUAAAAAGGAUUUGGAAAACCGACCCAAAUGGGGCGUUAAUAGACCAGCUGCGCAAUAUAAGAAACAAAGUGAAAAGGAUCCAUUUUACAGUCAAAAAAGAAAAAUGAGGCAAAAAUAUCGCCCUCAAGCGCGACAGUAUUUAUCACAGUCCAGCGACGAUAGUAGAUCUCCCAGUCCUCCCCUUAGGACUGAAAAGAUAUCCGAUUCUUUAAACAAUAAACGGAACUCUUUGAGCCAAUCUUACUGGAAGAGCAAAAGAUCUAGUCAAGAAUUAUCUAGAAGUAUUCAUGUCACAGAACCGACGGCUGAGCAAAAUCUUGAAGCGAACCUUGCCACUCAACUCUCAAUUACUAAUGAAGUAGAAAUAAAAAAAUCUCCGAAAACUUCACCGAUAAAGAGAAUAACCUUGUCCCAAAAAUUCAUAAAUGAUAAAUAUGGUAACAGGAAGUUGUGGGUCGACGAUGUCAAUGAAAGGAACGCAAAAUCAAAUAAUUUCGAUGCCGAAAACAGAAAGAAAAUAAUUGACCAAUUAAAUAUAGCAAAAAGGGAUUAUUUAGAAAGAAAUGAGGAUCAAGAAAAUAUGGUAACAAAAACAAAGUAUUGA